AUGGCCGAGCGCAAGAAAGCGCGGCAGGCGGAAUUUCUCUCCGGGAGGCUGAGGGCCAACCAUCAGGGCACCCUCCAGGGCCGACCCCAGGCCCGAACCGGAGUGCCGGGAGGCCGGAAGGACUCUGCGGCGAGCUCCGUGCAGCCUUUGACCAAGGACGAGGCUGAGCUGGCAAAGUUGCGGCAGGUCAGAGGGGAGCUGGAGGCACAGGGUGCUUUGAAGAAGCUAUCUGACGAUGAGCUGGUUGUGCUCGACACCGCGCCGCGUCCGGAGGAUGAGAAGCUGGCGGUCCAGCUCCUCACGCGCACGCCCGAGGGAUCAGACACUACGCCAGCAGUGCCGGCGCAGCUAGGUAGCCAGGCCGCCAGUCUCCCUCCUGGGGUGGCUGCAGGAAUGGUCCCACUGCUAACAACGGAGGCACCCCACACGCCGUCCGGGGCAUAUUGUGUGGUUCCUUGGCAGCUGCAGGCACAGAAUGCCAUGGCUGCACCUCCCGUCCAGCAGUACAGUGACAUCCUCAAAGAGGUUGCCGGCACCAAGGGCCCACAAGUGCCUGUGGCACCCAUCUCGCUGAGUUACGAGUCCGUCCUGUCCCAGACAGUGGGCCCGGCAGCACUCGACUUGGACGCGCAGUGCUCCAUCACGGAAUUCGGCCGAGAGAUCGCCGAAGCUCGGAAUAUGUACUCGAAUCAAAUGACCCAGGUCGAGUUGCCACCAGGUCGGCCCGACUACGGCCGACAAAUUGCGAAGCUUGAGCUUCCACCGGGCAACGUUUGGGGCUGGCAAGCGCAGAUGCAAGCAAAGCAGCGGCUGGAUGCACCGCAGCUGCACCUGGGAUUCGGGGCCAGCUCCGCCAUUCUCCAAGUCCAGUGA